AUGGCGGACGACGCAUACUACCGCCAAGUGCUGGCGCAGAUGCAGAGCGAGUUCACACGCGCUGUAGCAGCAUUGGAGAAGCAGGCUCAGCAAGAAGCGAAAGACAGAGAACAGGCGCUUACACUCGAAAUCUCGGCGCUUAAGAGCCUUCUACAGCAAGAACAGGACUACUGGACGAGAUACGACGAAGCUGGCAAACAGGACCGGGACAGACUGACUAGACAACUAGCAGAGGCCAAAGCUGAGAGUAUGCAGUACCACGAACAGAACAAGACGCUUAGGAGGGAGAUGAAAGCGCUACAACGCCGUGUGGAGACCGCUGUGGCCACUAGCAACAGCUUCGAACAGCGACUUAUGGUGGUGGUACAGGAGAAGCAACAAAGUGUACAGGAAGUGAACACGCAGUUGGCACAGUACAAGAAGAGGCUGCAAGAGAAGCGUGCGCAGAACAAAUACCUGACUGAGGCUCUAGUGAGGCUCCAGGAGCAGCGACAGAGCGCCGACGAGAGCUCCAAACCUACCAAAGAUACUAACACUACAAUGACGAAUAUUCAGACUACAGACGAACAGCGACGCAGGAAGCGGGAACUGACGCUCCCAGAGGAGCUGAAACCUGCGUCUGUGACGUACAAGAGCAAGCGGAUGACGUCGUCUCGAGCGGGGACGUCGCCCACGUCCUCGUCGCCCGAGAUUUCUCCGCGAUCAGCUCGUUCCGCCCCAUACAAACGCCCUCUUUCAGUAGCCACCACGACGCCCACAACGUCGGAUAACAACAGCUUUAACAGUAGUGGAAGUCUGCGAAGUCUGCGCAGUCUACGUCACGUCACGGGGCGGCGGAUAAGCAGCAGAAGCAACAGUGACAGCGACAAUAUCGACGUCAGUCCAAGGACUAAUGCAACAAGAACGAGUGCCACUGGCCGACUGGAAAGGGAACUGAAUGGGCUGCGACGGAAACUGGACUCGUGUAUUGCGGAUGCCACGAAAAGGUGGUAG